AUGGCGUUUCAGCUUCUCUUAACUGUUUUCUCUUGUGCUCUUCUUUUUCUUCAACCUGCAUUUGGGAUCACAAGGCAUUAUACGCUGGAAAUCAAAAUGCACAACGUGACACGUCUUUGCCACACAAAGAGCCUUGUUUCUGUAAACGGGCAGUUUCCAGGUCCUAAGCUUAUUGCUAGAGAAGGUGACCAGCUUCUGAUCAAAGUCAUCAACAAUGUGCCAAACAAUAUCUCUAUCCACUGGCACGGGAUUAGGCAAUUACGGACUGGUUGGGCUGAUGGACCAGCUUAUAUAACCCAAUGUCCUAUUCAGACAGGACAAAGCUAUGUCUACAACUAUACAAUUGUUGGCCAAAGAGGCACUCUGUUUUACCAUGCUCAUAUUUCAUGGCUACGAUCAACAGUCUAUGGUCCGCUUAUCAUUCUUCCCAAACGCGGUGUUCCUUAUCCUUUUGCCAAACCUCACAAAGAAGUUCCCAUGAUCUUCGGGGAGUGGUUCAACGCAGACCCUGAGGCAAUUAUUCGCCAAGCAACCCAAACAGGAGGUGGUCCUAAUGUCUCUGACGCUUACACGAUUAAUGGGCUUCCUGGUCCGUUAUACAACUGCUCGGCUAAAGAUACAUUCAGACUAAGAGUGAAGCCAGGAAAAACAUACCUUCUCAGGCUAAUCAAUGCUGCACUUAAUGACGAGCUCUUUUUCAGCAUUGCAAAUCACACGGUUACAGUAGUUGAAGCUGAUGCGAUCUAUGUUAAGCCAUUUGAAACAGAUACCAUCCUGAUUGCUCCUGGCCAGACCACAAACCUCCUGUUAAAGACUAAACCUAGUUACCCGAGUGCCUCGUUCUUCAUGACUGCUAGACCAUACGUUACAGGACAAGGAACUUUCGAUAACUCUACAGUUGCUGGAAUCUUAGAAUAUGAACCAUCUAAACACACCAAAGAUACUCACUUAAAGAUCAAGAAUCUUCAACUCUUCAAACCAGUACUUCCUGCUCUAAACGAUACAAAUUUUGCUACCAAGUUCAGCAAUAAGCUACGCAGCCUGAACAGCAAAAAAUUCCCAGCAAAUGUGCCUCUAAAGGUUGAUAGGAAGUUCUUCUUCACCAUAGGACUGGGAACAAACCCAUGCAAUCAUAAGAAAAACCAGACAUGCCAGGGUCCUACUAACACCACAAUGUUUGCUGCCUCGAUCAGUAACAUCUCCUUCACCAUGCCAACAAAAGCUCUCCUUCAAUCUCACUAUUCUGGGCAAUCUCGUGGAGUGUAUUCCCCAAAAUUCCCAUGGAAUCCCAUUGUCCCGUUUAACUACACAGGCACUCCACCUAACAAUACCAUGGUAAGCAACGGGACAAACUUGAUGGUUCUACCUUAUAACACCAGUGUGGAGCUGGUGAUGCAAGACACUAGCAUUCUCGGUGCAGAAAGCCAUCCUCUUCACCUUCAUGGGUUCAACUUCUUUGUCGUUGGCCAAGGAUUUGGGAAUUUCGACCCAAACAAGGAUCCUAAAAACUUCAAUCUUGUUGACCCAAUAGAGAGGAACACAAUCGGCGUGCCAUCCGGUGGGUGGGCUGCUAUUCGAUUCCUUGCAGAUAACCCAGGAGUGUGGUUCAUGCACUGUCACUUGGAAGUACAUACCAGUUGGGGUUUGAGGAUGGCUUGGCUUGUUCUUGAUGGAGAUAAGCCUGAUCAGAAACUUCUCCCUCCUCCUGCAGACUUGCCAAAAUGCUGA